AUGGAGAUCCCUCAUGACUCUUCUUGGUGCUGGAGAAGAAUACUUGACCAUAGAGAAUUAGCUAAAAAGCGGAUUGGGGUUAUUUUGGGGGAUGGGAAUAGCGUGGCUGAUUUUAUUGUGGAUGGUAAGUGGGAGUUCCCUGUGUUUAUGGAUGAUGCUGCAAAUGAGGUUGUGCUUCAGCCCUCAAAAGCUGAAUUUAAUGUUAUUGAGGAAGAUCAGCUAAUUUGGAAGAGGAUAAAAACUAGAUACAAGCUUUUAAAAUGGGGAGUUAUUCAAGAUGCUUCUUGUGUAUUCUGUAAUGCUGAGAUUGAAACUGAAGAUCAUAUCUUUCAUGAUUGUAUGGUUACUUCUCAAAUUUGGAAGGGCAUUGUUCUUAAACUGGGGUUUAUUAGAAAUCUGGAGAGCAGAUGGGAUGGAGAAAUUAAAUGGGCUCUUACUAAUUUUUCAGGGGAUAACCCAAUCUCUAUGGUUCAUAAGUUAGCUUUAAAUGGAUUUAUCUAUCAUGCUUGGAGGGAGAGAAAUCAGAGGAUCUUUUGUUCUCAAUUCAAUUCUGCUGACCAAAUAGGUAUUUUAGUUAUCCAAGAUGUCAAAUAUAAAAUGGCAGCCUCUGUUCAUAAGGUGGAAGAUAAAGCUCAGAAUAGAUGGUUUAUGAAUAGAUGGAAGGUAGAUUGUAUUUUCAAGAAAACUGAAUAUAUUGAAUGCACUUGGUUAGGCCUUGAAGAAGAUGAGAUAAUGAUAAAUACAGAUGGGUCAAAGAGAGAGGAUUCUGGAGGUUGUGGUUCUAUCCUAAGAGAUCAUGAUGGAGAUGUUCUUAGUGCAGUGAGUGGAGGUAGUCUUCCUUUAACUGUUAUGGAUCAUGAGUUACAGGGUGUUGAAAUGGGUAUGCAGGGUGUUAUAUCUCUUCACAAACCAAAAGCUCAUCUUGCUAUUGAUUCAAAAGAAGUUUAUCAUCUAUUUACUAGGCCUGGUUCUAAGCCUCCUUGGAGAUGUUUACACAUUUGGAGGAGAAUUAAGAAGCUCAAGAAUACUUUCUCUUCUUUGAAGGUGUCUCAUUGCUAUAAAGAAACUAAUAGAGCUGCUGAUUUUUUGGCUAGCCUUCAUCCUAUUGUCCCUUGGGUGGAAAUUAGAUUUGAUGAGUUUACAACGGAUUUCAGAGAAAUUCUGGCGGCUGAUAAGUUGCAGAAGGUGAUUUUGAGAAAGAAGAGUAGUAGUAGUUAG